CGAGCAUGGUAUAAAUACAAGGGUAUGCUCAUCCCGUGGACACCCACUGCGCAGUCAAAGUGUGACGUCACACUCGGCUAGAAUCUGAUUGGACCCAUUGGACCACAAUUAAAUAUGGCCCUGGUGCUUGUCGUUUAGAUCCGGAGAAACGUGAUUGUGGACAUUAAGUAUGCAAUGUCCUGUUCCGUGAAAGGUUGUGGCAAUUAUUAUCGAAAAACAAAAUUGCUUGACGGAAACAGCAUAAAAUAUUUUUCGUUUCCGAAAGAUUUUACGAUCGCAGCUAAGUGGCUUGCAGCAUGUGGAAAACAAAACGUUAACCUCAACGUUAACAUUAAAAAAAGUAUGAUAUGUUCCCAACACUUCGAUGCAUCAUGCUUUGUACAGCCGUCGAAAGAAAAGUCCCUUUUCUAUGCUCAAAAAAGACUGACAAAAUUGAGACCAGAUGCAAUUCCUACGUUGCGUUUAAUGUGUGACGCGCCGCAAAUGGAAGCUGUUCGUUAUAAUAAAAGAUCAUUGCCAUUAAUUGAUACGUCGGAUAUGUCAGAAUUAAUAUGCAAUGACACAUCAACUUCGAAAUUAACAUGCAAUGACACAUCAACUUCGGAAUCAACAUGCAAUGACACAUCAACUUCGGAAUCAACAUGCAACGAUACAGUGAUAUUUGCCACAUUUGGCGAUGAUAUACCUGUGUCAAAAGAAAUCCAGUCGAUCAAUACUAUAACAGCGUUACCAUCUACAUCAAAGGAUGUAACUGGUCUCUUGAAGAAACUUAAUAGUGUUGAAGAGCAAUUAGCAGCAACACAAAAGAAGUUGCUUAUGUACAAAGAGAAAGAGAAGAAAGGCGACGAAAAUGCGGAAACAAAAAUAUACCAGAUACUCGGAAAAAUAUUUACUCCGGGGCAAAUACGGAUGUUACUAAACCCGUCUAAGAAACGUAUAUCAUGGUCUCCAGAAGAUAUAGCAAGUGCUAUAUCGUUACGAUCUAUCAGUCCGAAGGCAUAUCGCUAUUUAAGGAAUGUUUUGCAGAUACCGCUCCCUGGUCCAUCAACGCUCAGAAGAUCGCAAAUGUGAGCAAGUCGUUGGACCUCACAAGACGUGUCAAUGUAUCAUGGUACGAAGCUUGUUUUCCAAUUGGAAGCAGCCAGUGUAUUACAACUUUGAUGAACCUAUGUCUAAGAGCACGCUUUUGCACGUUAUUUCGGAAAUGUAUAAUAUAGGCUAUACGGUUAUUGCUGUGACGAGUGAUAUGGGUUCGGGUAAUAUGGGAUUGUGGUCAGAAAUGGGAAUAGGAAUUGCACCUAAAAAAUGUUACUUUCAGCAUCCUGUUUGUAUUGAACUCAAAGUUUUCGUAUUUGCAGAUAUGCCCCAUCUCGUUAAGCUGGCGCGUAAUCAUUUCCUCGAUAAGGACUUCAACGUUAACGGAGUAAUUUUAAGUAAAAAAAGUUUAGAACGGUUGUUAGCUAUUAAUAUUAAGGAUUUGAAAGUGGCGUACAAAAUAUCUCAGUACCAUUUAGACCUGCAAGGUACUGAGCGACAAAAAGUACUCCCAGCUGUGCAGCUACUGUCUGCCAUUACCGCUGCUUCAUUACGAUGGUGUGGACAAAAAGGUUUUCUCGAAAAUGUAGAGUGGGUGGAAACAGCACGUAUGAUCAAAUUGUUGAAUGACUGGUUUGAUAUAUUCAACUCAAAAUCGAUGUACGGCAACCAUUCAGGAAAAAAUGCAUAUGGCAAGAACUUAGAGGAACAAAAUGCAAUACUUCACGAAAUGACGUCUUUCAUGUACGAACUAAGAGUAGGAAAUCACAAAAGUUUAAUGUUAUUUCAGAAAGGGUUCAUCGUGAGCAGUAAUUCUUUGGAACAAUUAUUACCGUAUUUAAUUGAGAAGUAUUCCACGGCUAAUAUUGAAUAUGUCAUAACAAAUCGGUUAAACCAAGAUGUAUUAGAAAAUUUCUUUUCUUUUAUAAGAUCGAAUGGUGGUGGUGCGAAUGAUCAACCAACAGCCUUAGAUUUUAAGUAUAGAGUAAAACGCUAUAUAUUAGGAAAAUUUUCUACGACUAUUUUCUGCAAAAAUACAAAUGUCACAGAAAGCGAACGAAAUGUAUCCUGUUUAAUAUUUCCGCUUAACGAUGAUAAUUGUGAAGAGUAUAUUUUAAGUAAUAUGUUAGCGCCGUACACAAACGAAGACGAAACAACCGAUCUUCAUAUCGAAGAAGAAUUCUUAACAGAAAAUGAAAUUAAUAAUAAUAAGGAAAAUCGCGUUCCAUGCUUUAAUUCAGCAACAUAUAUUCCUACUUUAGAAGAAGAACAAAUACUAAAAUCAUUAGAUGAAAUGGAAAUUGUCGACAAUAUUGAGGAUCAAGGUUUAUUAUAUAUAGCUGGCUAUGUAGCAUAUAGAUUCAAAAGUAAACACGACACACUAGGUAUUAAAACAUGCGAGCUACCAAUUGUCAAUGAUCUAGAUUGGUUACAAUUUAUUUCCCGAGGGAAAUGCAUGUACCCAUCGUCUGAUCUUUUAAAAGCUGCACAUAUUAUGAACACAGAAUUCUCCAAGUAUCACGGUUCAAAGCUUAGUAAAGACAAAUUCAUCUUCAAGAAACUUACGGAUAAAAUAGAAAUUGCAUUAAAACCUAUCGAACUGCCAAGAGAGGUCUUGCUAUGUCUUGUUAGGACAAGAACCUACAUUAGGGUACGCGAAAUUAAUCGAACCAUUGCUGUACAAAAUAGAUUUAAGAAUAAAAAAAAGAAGUUAACCAAAUUUACGAAUAAUAAAUCUUUUUCAUAGCAUCUUUA